CAAGAGUAUGCGCUGCAGCCGAUCCAGACACCACCCAAAAGACCCAGGUUAUACCUCCAACCACUCCAUUUUCCCAAGACUGAAGGACAUCACAGAGACAGCCUCAGAGUCACACAACAGACUAACAGGCACUCACCCUGUUAGUAUGCGUAAAAGGCUACAGAGGCUCUGUGAAAAAUUCACUCUAGCAGAAGCAGAGACACAGGAAUCAUGAUUCUUUCAGGCGCUGAUGUGGAAGUUUUAACUUGAACUGCAUUGCCCUCUAGCGCUGCGACGGGGCCGGCCGCAGUGAUGUCACCAGCACAUGCAGUGUGAGCACAGGCAGCCAGUUCAUGCAGAGCUGCCUAAAUGCUGACAAACCCUUCCUGGAGACGCCUGUCACAGCAGCAAGGCAGGGGCAUCCUUCCAACAGCACCACAAAUGCGCAAGGGGAGUCAGUAGACCUGUCUUUUAUUUCAGGGACGUCAUGAUUGAAAAGGCUACUUUGGAGCUCCAGCCAAGACUUGUGCCUGCUAAUUUCUGUUCAAACGAGUUCGUAGGAGAAAUUAAGCAAGUUUGAACAGCCUAUUAUUUCUGACGGGCUUCAGAGGACUUCACGCUGUGCAAGUUUUACAUGCUUAUAGCUGGCAGCUGGGGAGAUGAGUUCUCAACCUAAACCUGGCCGGGGCUCUGCAGCAACUUCUUGGGUAGAGAGAUAACUUCUAACUGAGCUCAAAUCAUCUGUGUGUUGUGCAAGGGAUCCAAUCAUAACUUGCUAUGGAGCAUGAUUUUUAAGAUGAAUACCUACCUUGGCAAUAAAUUCAAUUCAUCGAUACCUGGAUAUUUGAAAGGAUCUGCAGUGAAUAGUGGCAAUUUUUCUGCAAACAACUCCAAUGAGACAGCAAGCAACCUGGAUUCACCUGCCUUGGAUGUCCAUAGGGCAAUAAUUGUGGGGCUUAUACUCGGUGCCUUUAUACUCUUUGCUAUUGUAGGUAAUAUCCUCGUUAUUCUCUCUGUUGCUUGCAAUAGACAUUUAAGAAUCCCUACAAACUAUUUCAUAAUUAACCUCGCAAUAGCAGAUUUGUUGCUGAGUUUUACUGUCCUUCCAUUCUCUGCUACACUGGAAAUCCUUGGCUACUGGGUUUUGGGGAGGAUAUUUUGUGAUAUCUGGGCAGCAGUAGAUGUGCUAUGCUGUACAGCUUCUAUUUUAAGUCUAUGUGCAAUUUCUAUAGAUAGAUAUAUAGGAGUACGUUAUUCUCUCCAAUAUCCAACUUUGGUGACAAGAAGAAGGGCAAUUUUAGCUCUCAUAGGUGUCUGGGUCCUUUCCAUGGUGAUUUCUAUUGGGCCUCUUUUGGGCUGGAAAGAACCAGCACCCAAGGACGACAAAGAGUGCCGUAUCACUGAAGAACCAUUCUAUGCUUUGUUUUCUUCCUUGGGGUCAUUUUACAUUCCUUUAAUCGUCAUCCUUGUGAUGUACUGUCGGGUCUACAUAGUGGCAAAAAGGACUACUAAAAACCUGGAAGCUGGGGUGAUGAAAGAAAUGUCCAACUCUAAGGAGCUGACUUUACGGAUUCACUACAAGAACAUUCAUGAGGACACUUUAAACACCACCAAACCUAAGGGUCACAAUCCCAGGAACUCCGUAGCUUUCAAACUUUUUAAAUUCUCUAGAGAAAAGAAGGCAGCCAAGACACUGGGAAUUGUGGUUGGCAUGUUUAUCUUGUGCUGGCUACCUUUCUUCAUUGUUCUGCCACUAGGAUCUCUGUUUUCAGCUCUGAAGCCGCCUGAAACGAUCUUCAAGGUGAUUUUUUGGCUUGGCUACUUUAACAGCUGCUUGAAUCCAAUCAUCUACCCUUGCUCAAGCAAAGAGUUCAAGAGGGCUUUUAUACAGAUCCUAAAAUGCCAGUGCCAUCGUCGAAAGCAGUUGGGGUGGUGGGCCUACAGCUACAGAAACUGGAACCGGUGCUCCUUUGAACACCCCAGAAAAGACUCUCUGGAAGACAGCGGGAGUUUCCUGAGUGGCAGCCAGAGGACAUUAUCUUCAUCAUCUCCCAGUCCUGGCUACCUGAGCAAAAUCACCCACCCACAUAUGGAGAUGUGCACAUUCCAGGAAUGGAAAAACUCCAGCUCUUUCCUGAGCCCCUUACAGGAAGGCAGCAGACAAAAGGACCCAUGCCAGUUCUUUACCUUCAAUCUCUUAACAGAGCGCAAUGGAUAUGUCCCUGCUGGCAGCCAAGCUUCCAGCAAUGGGGACCAUGAGGCCAUCUGUGACACACUGAAUGGCAAAACCGAUUGUAGAGUAAACACAACACUGGAAUGAACAGAUUCUAAAUGGUCUGUUUUCUUUGUACACUAACCUGUUUGACAUUUAACCCAGGUGAAGAAAUGGACCUUUGCACAUUUUCUCAGUAUGGCACUCGAAGGAAGCCAGUGAGCAGCAGGAAGAUAUAUGUCACAAAAGCAGAGAAGUGUAGGGAUUAACCAUCUUUCCAGUCAGUUGCUAGAGGGACUACCAAAGCAAGAGCAGAAUGCAGGGAAGGUGCCACAUAAACCCAGGGAAAUUCUCAUCCAAUUAUUUAGCUGUCAUGGAAGUGCUGUGGAACAGCCAAACAUAUCUGUAUAUAGAAAGAACGUAUAAAUAUGGGGGUGGGCAGGGAAAAUGGGUAAGAAUGUGUGGUGUACAUGUGUGCUAGCCGCAUGGAUGGGUGCCUGGGAGUGGAAGUGAGCAAUGCAGUGAGUGUUGUUUGUACCUCUCCAGGGUACUGCCUGUCGCUGCUUUUGCCUGUCAUUUCUUAUUGUUGUUGUACUUCA